GAAACAAUAAAUAAAAAAACAAAUAAAUAAAUAUCGGUGGCGACCUUCGUCUUUCGUUGACCAAACAAAGCUACAACGCUCUUUGCUCCGUGUGAAGGGGAAGAAAAUCAUCGGUGCCGUCUGUUUUCGAAAGUUGGAUCAAUUCAACGUUUAAUAGGAUCAUACUAGAAUGGGAGGAGGGUUUAGAGUAUUGCAUUUGGUGAGGCCGUUCUUGGCUUUCUUGCCUGAGGUCCAGAGUGCUGACAGGAAGGUGCCUUUCAGAGAGAAGGUUAUCUACACUGUCAUCUCUCUCUUCAUCUUCCUCGUCUGCAGUCAGCUUCCUCUCUAUGGUAUCCACUCCACCACCGGUGCUGAUCCUUUCUACUGGAUGCGUGUCAUUCUUGCUUCCAACCGUGGGACUGUGAUGGAGCUUGGUAUUACUCCUAUCGUCACCUCUGGGCUCGUGAUGCAGCUCUUGGCUGGUUCUAAGAUUAUUGAGGUUGACAACAAUGUCCGUGAGGACCGUGCCCUCUUGAAUGGUGCUCAGAAGCUUCUUGGUAUUCUGAUUGCCAUCGGCGAGGCUGUUGCUUACGUUCUUUCCGGAAUGUAUGGCCCCGUUGGACAGCUUGGUGUUGGAAACGCCAUUCUAAUCAUCCUCCAGCUCUUCUUUGCUGGAAUCAUUGUUAUCUGCCUUGACGAGCUUCUUCAGAAAGGAUACGGUCUCGGCUCAGGAAUCUCCCUUUUCAUCGCCACCAACAUCUGUGAGAGCAUUAUCUGGAAGGCAUUUAGCCCAACCACCAUUAACACUGGCCGUGGAGCUGAGUUUGAAGGCGCUGUCAUCGCGUUGUUCCAUAUGCUGAUAACUAAGUCCAACAAGGUUGCAGCUCUCCGCCAAGCGUUCUACCGGCAGAACCUUCCGAAUGUCACCAACUUGCUCGCCACUGUCUUGAUCUUCCUGAUUGUCAUCUACUUCCAAGGCUUCCGUGUGGUUUUGCCUGUGAGAUCAAAGAAUGCCCGUGGGCAACAGGGUUCUUACCCAAUCAAGCUGUUCUACACCUCUAACAUGCCCAUCAUUCUCCAGUCCGCUCUCGUCUCAAAUCUGUACUUCAUCUCUCAGCUUCUCUACAGGAAGUUCAGUGGAAACUUCUUUGUGAACCUUUUGGGACAAUGGAAAGAGUCUGAGUACAGUGGGCAAUCUAUUCCAGUUAGUGGUCUGGCUUACCUCAUCACUGCUCCAGCAAGCUUCUCUGACAUGGCAGCUCAUCCGUUCCAUGCUCUGUUCUACAUUGUUUUCAUGCUCACUGCUUGUGCUCUUUUCUCAAAGACAUGGAUUGAGGUCUCCGGAUCUUCAGCUAGGGACGUAGCUAAGCAGCUUAAGGAACAACAAAUGGUGAUGCCUGGACACAGAGAGUCAAACUUACAGAAGGAGCUGAACAGGUAUAUCCCAACAGCAGCAGCUUUCGGAGGAGUGUGCAUCGGUGCAUUGACCGUGCUGGCUGAUUUCAUGGGAGCCAUUGGGUCGGGGACUGGGAUUCUCUUGGCGGUCACAAUCAUAUAUCAGUAUUUCGAGACGUUCGAGAAGGAGAAAGCAAGUGAACUCGGCUUCUUUGGGUUCUAAGUUUGGCCUUGAAGUUGUUAAACUUUGCUUAGGCAAAAGAGCAGAGAAGGCACGCUAGCUUAGCUUUCUGUGCCCAACCUCAAAAAGGGUUCUAACAAAGUUUGGAGUAGUCCUUUCUUGUUGUUUAAACAAAGAUUUCACUUGUAGUUUUUUCUUUUCUUUUUUUUUAAUACAAUUUAUGUUUUUUUGUUGCAUUUAUAAGUUAAAAACCUUUUGGUGAUA